AUGUCAAGAGUCAACCAGUCCCCAGUUAGUUUAAUGCAAAAUUCCAUGGAAUUUAUUCGUUUAGAUGAAGUUUCACUCGUUGCAGCCCUAUUGGGUGGAUUUAUCGUCCUUUUUGGAUUUGUAUCCUACUUCGUUAAAGAAAAAUUGUACCUGUCAGAAUCACUUAUUUGCAUGAUUUGUGGUAUCGCCUUUGGACCGUUUGUCUCAAACAUAAUCACACCGGACAAAUGGGGCGAUAUCGACGAAAUUACAAAACAAUUUGCCCGGAUUGUUAUUGCAAUUCAGGUUAUGGCUGCGGGAAUUCAAUUGCCGAAAGCUUAUCUAUGGAAGGAAUCGAAAUCAUUGUUUUUCCUCCUCGUCCCUGUCAUGUCUUGGAUGUGGGUCACAAGUGCCCUCGCCAUUUGGUGGAUGAUACCUAAACUUUCGUUCUUGGAGGCUUUAUGCAUUGCCUCGUGCGUCGCACCUACCGAUCCAGUAUUGGCGAACUCAAUUAUGAAAGGAAAAUUCGCUGAGAAAUAUGUACCCACUCAUCUCCGUGAUAUUUUAUCUGCGGAAAGCGGAGCAAAUGAUUGUUUGGGAUUUCCUUUUCUUUAUCUUGCGAUGUAUCUUAUAAAGACAUCGACCGGCCCUGCUCUCGGGGAAUGGGCAUAUUACAUCAUGGGAUAUCAAGUCAUUCUAUCAGCUAUAUUUGGCGCUAUAAUUGGGUACAUUGCGCGCAAGUCAUUACGUUGGGCCGCCGAAAAAAAUAUGAUUGAUAAAGAAAUGUUUUUAGCUUUCUCGAUCGUGUUGGCUCUAUUCAUUAUGGGUGUCGUGUCAAUCCUCGGAAGCGAUGAACUACUAGCGUGUUUCAUUGCCGGGAAUUCUUUUACUUGGGACGAUUGGUUUCGUCAAGAAACUGUCGAAGCACAUUUUCAACCAAUCCUUGAUAUGCUGUUGAAUUUGGCAGUAUUUGCUUAUAUAGGAGCAAUAAUACCUUUCUCAUCCUUCACUAAUGACUCUCUGGGAUUAUCGUAUUGGCGUUUGGCUGUGAUGGCCAUUCUCAUAAUUCUGUUUCGGCGACUCCCUAUCAUAAUGGCGUUGAUGAGAAAAAUACCCGCGCUAAAAACUUAUCGCGAAGGACUCUUUGCUGGAUGGUUUGGCCCGAUCGGCGUUGGCGCUAUCUUUUACGGUGAACUCACAAAAGAGGCACUGGAAAAAUAUGAUGCACAUUCUGUGGCACAAGAAAUCGUAAAACCAGUUGUAUUUUUCCUGGUCCUUUCUUCGAUUGUCGUCCACGGAAUAUCCAUACCUUUGAUGAAGAUUGGGAAACGCGUAAAUACAAUGUCGCGGACAACUUCUCUCAAUUUUCCCACUCAGCCAACCAGCCUAAAUACAAUCAAGCUAGAUGGCAUAAUUUUCCGGAAAACAAAUACCUCAUCUGCUGAAAAGGUUGACGAGCUUAAAGACAUCGCCGAAUCUAAUAAUUCGUCUUCAUCAACUCCCACAGUGCGCGUGCCACCUACAGAACAAAUAUUUGUCAAUACUGAUAAUUUACCUCAAUAUCAAAAUACUAACGCAAACGGCACCAAUGAUAAUGUCAUCAUUAAAGUUAGUCAAGAGUCAGCUAAAUUUUCUCAUGAACACGAUGAUAUCAUUGAGGAACGAAACAUUGAAGAUGAAAAAACUCGUGUGAUUACUAAUCCCCCCUGA